AUGAUUCCCUCUACAAGAAUUUGUAUAGCACCAAAUUGUUAAGCAUAAUCACGAUUAAUAUAAUCUAUAAAAGAGCUUGAUUAUCAUAAAGGUCAUAGUUCCUCAAGUCUAGGAUAACUAACCAAGAAAUUGAAGGAUUUGAUACCAGAUUUUCCUAUUACUACAAGUAUUAAAUAAAUCAUUGAAUCUAAAUUUCAAAUUAUUCACUAAUACUUACAAAAGAAAUAAGAUAUCUAUUACAAGUAUAAUUUAUUUAAAUCAUUAAAAAAGGAAAUGUGAAAAAUAUGAAUUGAUUGAGGCAGCAUCCAAAUUUAUUAAUUCUGAAUAUUCUUUAUUAAAUGAAAAGACAAUAGAUUUAAUUAUUAAGGCAUUACCCAAUAAUAUCUCUGAAACCUUAGAAGUACAGACUGCUUAAUAUUUUGAUUUACAAAUUCAAAUUUAAAAAGAAUUAGAUGAUUUAUUUCAUUUAAUUAGUACAGAUAAAAAAUUAGAAUCAAAUUAAUCAAUUCAAUAAAUUUAAUCAACAAAAAAAUAACAAUCUUUAAAUCACAAUGCAUCUAUACCAAUUUCAAUUACAGAAAAACCUUAAUUUCUUAAAAUGCCUUAAGCUUAUGAUUAAUUAUCUAAAUUUGAAAUUAAUAAUCAAUUAGCUAAGCAUUUAGAAGGAUGUAUAUUUUAUAAUAUUAUAAAUAGAUCCUUCUAUUGUUAUGACCAAUUAAAUACUUAAAGAAGGUAGUUAAAUUUAAUUUGAAAUCAUUAAAAUAUAAAAUGAUUAUGUAAGUGUUGCCAUUGGUGCAAUGGAAAGAUCAUCAAUUGAAAAAAAUGGUUUAAUUCUUAAUGGUGAACAAUUAUAAAUUGCAGGUCAUGGUGUAUACAUGAACUUUAAUGAUAAAUGUAUUUAUCAUAGUGAAAUUGAUAAUGGAUAAGUAUAAGGAAAAGAUAAAGGAAUUGCAUUUUAAGAAGGAAAUAAAAGUAAUUUAAAUAUUUAUCAUUAUCUUAGUUCAAUGCAAUUAUUCUUAGGGACAAUUGACAUUUUUAAAUCUAAAUACAAACUCUUCAUAUUCUAUGAAAAUUAAUUAAACCGAUUGUAUUUUAGUAGUUUGGUUAGAUUUGAGUGAAAUUAAAAUUAUAUGA